GUUUGCUGUGGUUGUGUGGAGGUUUGCUGUGGGCUUCUAGGUGUAGAGUGGACGCCAGAGAAUGCGUUCAUGCCGUAUCCGAGAGUUGUAUGGGUCGUGAAGCGAUCUCUCUCGUCGGGUUGCGAAGUCUUGGUUCUUGGUUACGAGUGGGGAUGGUAUCGUUUGGCAGGCCAUAGGCGGCAGCGAUAUAUCCAGUGUGAGAAGACGUGGAGUCUUGGGUUCUACAAGUGGAUGAUAUCUUAUGGCGUGCCGUGGGCAGCAUUGAUAUAUCCAGAUCAUUGGUUUCUGCUACUUUGAAGGUGUUCUGCACUGGUUGGUCUUAUGUUCCUCUGUAGUUGUUUGUAGUUUGCUAUUUCUUAGUGUGGUUUCUAGUUUCUUUGCCUUGUUUACGUUGUGAUCGAAAGUUGCCCCGGUGUGGGUUCUAGCUGCCUGUUCUGUGGGCUCUUGUUUCUGGGGAUGUCUUUUAUCCGCCAGCUUAUGUAUGAACUACCGUAUUUCAGUUAUGAAUGAAUUUCAAUUUGGGAAAAAAAAAAAAAUGUUGAUUCCCAACCUGAACAUACUGGUAUUAAUUAAUCAAGUGUAUUUUUAACUAAUUUAAUAAUCAAGCCUUUGCAUGCAAUGCAUGAUGCAUGCGUGAGGAAAAUUUACCCCCGGGCCAUUUUCCUCGGAACUCUUCAAGUAGCGAGUCGAUGCAUGGGCCCCGGCAAAAUCCAACCAGCCUACGUCAUCAUCAUCAUUUGGAUACACACACGCCUUCAACUUUGAUGAUUAUUUUCUUUUUUUUUGACUAAAUUGAUGAUUAUUUUCUUGUCAUUUGAGUUUAUAUCAUCACAUAAUAUAUUCACAUUCACGUAGUAAUAUGUUAAGUGUAAAGCACAUCCAAAGUUAUACUACCAAUUACCAUUGUCUAGAUCUGUUUCUAAUUACAUACAGUAGAUAUAUGAUCUUACAAACAAUUGAUUUUAAUGUGUCGGAUUCGGUAUAUAAUGAUUUAACGCUAUGCCCAAGAAUAAAACUUUUACUUUUGCGCUAAAAUCGUUUUAAUGGGUAGCAUUAUUAGUUUUUUGACCUUUUCUUUUUCACUUUUUAGAGAACGUCUUCUUUGACCCACCAAGAUUCACUCAAAUAUUCAACAUCAGAAUCUACCUCCUGCUAAAACUCGAAUGGACAGGAACAAAAAAAGAUAUCGUACACACAUACACACACAUAUAUAUAUAUAUAGAUACUGCUAAUAAAUAUGCUUUUUAUAAAAAUAAAUAAAUAAAUAAAUAUGCUCUUUAUUAAUUUGAUGGUUAUUUGCAGAUGUAGGACAGUAGGAGGUUACGUGAGAUGAUUAUAGAAGGGUUUCGUCUUUUAACUAAUUGGUUUUCUCCACUCAUAAGCUUUUUCUGUCUCUGAAACCCUACAAAAUAUGUACGGAUAUUCUUCUCGUUAAAACAAGGCAUGCAUAUGAUUUGAUUCUCUUGGGGUUUACACACUCAACCUACUGCGACUACAUUGGUCCAAACGAUAUCUAGAUUGAACGAAAUGAUACGUAUAAUAACUAAUACUUAUUCUUCUCGUUAACUUAACCAUCUCCGAUCAUCACUGAUCAUGUGAGUGAGAGACACUAAAACAGGUGUGAUAUAUAUGGCGACGUGGAGGGAUGAAUCCACUUGCGUUUCUGGCUUCCUUAUGAGUGAGCUAUAUGAUUUAUUUUAUACCUCGCAGCCUUGUUAACUAGGCCUAUUGUUAACAUUGUCUAAGCUUUGCCUUGUAUUUAUUUCUUUUUGCCAAGACAAAUCUUAGGAUUAUAUUUUUUGUAAUAUUACAACCGUACCAUUUUAUAAUGGAUUUCACAUAUUUGGCAAAUAAAUAAAUAAUAAGAGGCAGAAAAGAACAAGAACAGUUUGGAUCAUAGAUAAGGAAGAACGCUAAACAUAUGGUAUAGUUGCUUCCUGUAAUCAAAAUCGAAAAGAAAAAUAUAAAUAGAGACUAGAGAGGCCUCGUGAUCGGAGAUUGAAAGUUCCUCUCUGAUGCCUGAACUCUGUGCCCCUUCCUCCCCCUUGUCACGUGGGCUCUUUUGACCAACCUUUGCCUUCUCCAGUGACCAGCCACACAUCACAUCAAAUCACAUCGCUCUUCUCUUUUUUUUUUUGGAUCAACAUCACUCUACGUUUUCCUUCUUAUUUUAAGUACAUUUUAGUAGUUUAUGACACAAAGUAAUCAAAUAUUUGCAGAACAGAUAAUUAUACAUUCAACGCUCCCAUAUAUAAUUAAGUAAACAUUGUUCAUUAAAACAAACUGUAUAUAGCUAUGGGAUUCUUUUUUUUUUUGUCUCUGCACGAUUUUGUUUAAGUCGUCUUAAUAAGAUUUUGUUUGAGUAAUUUUAUUUGUUGAUUACUGAUUGUUGGUUAUUGUAGAUAGGUCUAAAUUAAUACACUACUUUAUGUUUGUCCCUAAAAUGGCAUGUCUCGACAUAUUAAUUUACUUCAAUUGUCUUGCUUAACUACUAUAAAUAGAGGACCCUUAUGGCCUUCUCCAUAUUCACCACAACACCUCCAAAUUAAACGUUUCUUUCCAACCCCCAAAAGAAGUCUCACUUGGGGUUUUUUCAUCGAAGAGAUGACGCAGGGGAGAUAUUGUGAGUCUUGCGGAUGGUUCCACGACCACACUCAAACAUGCUUAUUUGUCCACAAUGGAAACGGCUGUUCGAACAUACAAACCGCUGUUGUUGACUGCACUCUCUCUUUGGGACCUCCGUCCACUACAACUACAAGACUAUCUGAGAGAGACAAGAAGAAGAUGCGACGGUCCAGUACUUCAACUCGUGUCUCCAGUUUCAUUGACACCGAUACGAACACCUCCAAAACGUCGACGUAUAGCGUCCUUCCCUCUUCCAACCGCCGUAUUUCUGGUGGCGGCGAUACUCUACUUGAUCGUCGCUGUACCAAAUGUGAUACAACGUCUACGCCCCUAUGGAGGAAUGGUCCUCGAGGUCCCAAGUCGUUAUGCAAUGCGUGUGGAAUUCGUUUCAAGAAAGAAGAGAGGAGAACGAUGGAUACGACGAGGAUGACGGCUAGCAGCACAGUCGCGCAAGAUCAAUACGGACACCAUCCUUCCAGUUAUAGUAACCACAACAAUGCUACUGAUCAGAGCGGAUCGUCAACGUGCAAUUUCGUAGCCAGCGAGAUCAUGUUAAACCAUGACUACGGCGGUGCUGGAGAGUAUUACCGGCGGGAUCCCGUAGACGGAGUUAACGGCCUACAUUCCCACUCGUGGAGACUUAAUGUAGAGGAUACGGCAAUGAGUCUUGUCUAUGACUUUACUAGGUGA